CCGGAGUGCAGAUCAAUGCACGGACGAAAGCGAGUCAUUUUCGAAAAAAAAAGAAAAUGAAAUUGGUGGUCGUUAGCGAUUAAUUCGUUCUUUUUAAUCUUGAUUAAAAAGUGGACGUGGGGAAGGGGAGAGAGAGGGACGGCUAAUCUUAUCACACGUGACCGCGACAUUUGAUCGCGAGAGAGAAAAAAAAAAGUUCACUUGGGGAAAAAAAACCGACAAAGCUGCGCAACGCGUCUUUAUUCGAACCACACGUGUCGCACAGAUCGUGCUUGAAGAAGGAAAUGCCUGGGAAGAGAAAGAGAGAGACAGCUGCUGUCUCCCGGAACGUUGUUGCUGAAACUGCAGAGGCGCGAUCGGAAGAUACGACCGCCGGUGAUGCUCAUGAUAUCUUCCGGCGGUAUUUUGAGAGUCAAUUCGAGCCCCUGGAUCUACAACCUGUAAAAAGUGCGCGAACUGCAGAGUCUGAGGCUUCUGAAAGCGAAGAAGAAGAACAAGAGGAUGAUGGUAGUGAUGAGGAGAGCGGAUCCGAAUGGGACGGUAUCUCUGAUGCAGAAGGCAAUGGCACGAAAGUCGAAGUCGUCGAGUACACCAGCUCGCAUAACAGCACGUCGGACGCUAUCGAUAAAAAGGCCCGUAAAGCCUUCAUGAACGCAAAACCACCAGACCUGUCGAAACCCUUGACUGCGAAGUUUACGUCAAAGAAAGAAGGAGAAGAAGCGGCAGCAAGUGAUGACGACGCUAUGGAUCUCAAAAAUGACCUGGCUUUACAGAGACUGCUCAAAGAGUCACAUCUGUUGGAAUCCGCGAAUGAUCUUGACCCGACCGGAAAGAAUCGGCACAAGGCCCUCGACUUGAGAGUACAAUCGCUGGGAGCAAAGACAUCGUUAUUCAGCCAAGAGAAGAUGCCCAUGUCCCACCGGAAAGGAAUCAAGGAGAAGGCUGCGACCAAAGAGGACCGGAGAAGGCGCGAAGCCAGGGAGAACGGUAUCAUCCUUGAAAAGCCCACCUUCAAGUCGUCGAAGUCGUCAGGGAAGAGGAGGGAACGCGGCAUUGGAGGUCCAUCAAUUGGCAAGUUCGCCGGUGGCACUCUCAAUCUGAGCAAGAGUGACAUCAUGAGCAUUCAAGGACCGCGCAAAUCUGCCAAGGGCAAGAAAGGUCGUCGGUGAGAGAAGCAGAUUCAAUGUCUAUCCAAUCCAGAGAUGCCAUCAUGAGUGAUGCACCGAGCAGUAUCUACGACCUCGCCACCAUCUAUUGACAAAUACUCUACCUGCUUUGACUUAUCACGAUCACAACGCAGCAGGAUCGUCCUGAUCUCAAUCAUGCUGAUGACCACAUUGGUGGGCGAUAUGUCCUAUUUUGGUAAAAGGAUGCUGUCUCAGAUUACCUUUCGCCCAGACCUGUUUCAGACCCCUUGUCUGUGGGC